UCUUUUUAGUAUGGUAAAUUUGUUUUGAGUUUUAUUAAAUAUCCUUCAGCAUUGGAUUUGACAGUAUUAUGCAUAUUUGAUAAUGUUAAAUAAUGAUUCAGUUACCGGUAAUCGAUAAAUGAAGGAGUUUAUGGUAUGUUAUUGACGCGAGUUUAGCCACGUGCCUGGUUGUCACUCGCAUAUAUUAUUUCUUGUAAUUGUUUGUAAUUAAAAGAUAGAAAAAUGCCAGCUAAAAUAAAAAAUAAUGUUUUAAUGUAUGAAGGGUGUAAUUAUUUGAGAUAUCGUUUGCUAUUGUCUACUUUAUCCUGUAAACCUGUAAGAAUUACCGAUAUUCGUGCUGGUGAUGACGAUCCUGGACUUCGAGAAUAUGAAAUUAGUUUUAUACGACUUCUGGAUAAAGUAACAAAUGGAACUAGAAUUGAAUUAAAUGAAACUGGCACAAGUUUAUAUUACAAUCCUGGGUUACUCGUUGGAGGUGACUUGGAACAUGAUUGUAGCUUACAACGAGGGAUUGGUUAUUAUUUAGAAGGAAUCAUGGCUUUAGCACCUUUUUGUAAAAUACCUAUGAACAUCAAACUCAGAGGAAUUACAAACAAUGCUCUUGAUCCCUCGGUAGAUAGAAUUAAAGCUUCAGCUAUUCCCCUAGUAAAACGAUUUUUAGCAGGAGAUAAUAGUAUUGAACUAAUCAUUUCUAAAAGAGGUGUUGCUCCAAUGGGUGGUGGAGAAGUAAAAUUUCUCUGCCCAAUCAAUAAAAAUUUAAAAACAAUACAAUUUCAGAACAGUGGAAUGGUAAAACGUAUCAGAGGAAUUGCAUGUAGUGUGAGAGUAUCACCAGCAAUAGCUAAUCGUAUGGUGGAAUCUGCAAAAGGAGUUCUUUUAAAUUUUUUACCAGAUAUCUACAUUCAUACUGAUCAAAGCAGAGGAGCUUCUAGUGGGAAAUCUCCAGGUUUUGGAAUAAGCCUGACUGCAGAGACUACCACAGAAGUAUUUUUAAGUGGGGAAGCAUUCUCACCUUUAAUGACAACAGGAUCAUUACCCUGUGUACCUGAAGAUUUAGGAAAAGAAGCUGCUUUAAAGCUUCUUGAUGAAAUACACAGGAAUGGAUGCGUGGACUCACCAUUCCAAAGUAUGGCUGCUUUGUUUAUGGCACUUGGAAAAAAAGAUGUUUCUAAAAUAACAGUGGGACCGCUCACACAAACUAUGAUUCAAUUUUUGCGAGACCUGCGAGAUUUUUUUGGUACAGUAUUUAAAAUAGAGCAUGUAAAAGAGGAAGAAGAUGAUACGCUAACUACACAGGAACAGAUACUGUUAACUUGCGUCGGCAUAGGAUACACAAACAUAAGUCGACGUGUUUUAUAAUUUAUUUGUAAUAAAAUGUUUGUAUACAUA